UGGCUUAUAAAGAUUGGCUUCGCUUUAAAGACACAAACAGAGUUUGUAUUACUUUGUAAUGGAUCAAGAAGAAUCGCAUAAUUCACAUAACAAUUCUUUAAAAUACUUGAACAUUAAGCUGUGCAGCUCAUUUAAAAAAACAACCACAGAUUCAUCAUUAGUAUGGAAAUACUAUGGUCAAAUAAUGACACGAAAUGGUAAAGUUAUCGACGAUGUACAUUAUUACUGUAGCGAAUGUUUUUUGAUAGAAAAAGGAAAAGUCGAGUCCUCAGGUGCAGGUCAUUUAUCAAAAAUUCACAAGGUUAGGAUUUCCACAUCAAGCAGUAAUUUGAAAAAUCAUCUAUUUAUUGUUCACAAAAUAUUAACAGACAAACCUGCCGCUGAAGUGAAAAAUGAUCAACUUUUACGUAGAUGGUGCAGUACCUCUAUAGCAAGUUCAUCGAAAUAUGAUUUAAGUCGCGAUCUUGUCCUUUGGUUUUCUACAGAUCUACUACCAUUCUCUCAUGUUGAUAAUGAAGGAUUUAAAAAGUUUUUUGAGAAAAACAUUGGUCUAAAACUUCCCACAGGUUCUGCUGUGAGUCAAGUAGCAUUACCUGAUAUGUACAAAUCUUUAAGGCGAUCUGUAUUGGGAAUUUUACAAAAUAUUGAUGCAGCAACAAUUUUAUUUGAUGGUUGGACUGACAAGUAUAAAAAAAUUAAUUAUAUGGGUCUGAAGUGUUCCAUUAUCAAUGAAAACUGGCAUAAAAAAAUAUUUACUUUGGCUUGUUUGCCUUUAGAAUCUCAUACAGGUGAAAAUUGUCAUAAUUUUAUCAAAGACAUUGUUCAAGAAUUUUUUCAGAGGCGUUGUAGAGAUAUGAGGCUGCAUACCGUACAUGACGGUGCAGCGAAUAUGAUGAAAACCUCUAGACUUUUAGGUUCAAAGGAUCCACAACAUUGUCUAGCUCAUAUCUUGCAUUUAAUAUUGACAUGUGAUGGCAUAGAUAAUUGUACUGAAACAAAAUGUUUGUUAGAAAAAUGCAGAAGAAUUGUAACCUGCCUGAAUUUCAAGUCAACUUUACUUUUAGAGGAAUCACACUGUGAAGCAGACAUUCUUGCUGAAGUGAAAAACAUUGAUGAUUUAGAGCAGCAAUUUCCCAUUCAAAUUGAUGAUGAAGCAAACAUGAUUGACACAAAUAAUUUAGAUAUUUCUUGUAAUGAAAAAUUUGACAAUAAUUUCAUAAAAAGACAACAUAGAAGUCUGAAACAGCAAAUACGCACAAGAUGGAACAGUGCUCUCUUUAUGAUAGAAUCAAUUAACCAAUUAUUAGAUCCUGUAGAAAUUUUACUUAAGAAAUGUGGUAGACAAGACCUUUGUUUAGAUAAUGAUGAACAAGCUUUGAUUUCAGAAUUGGUUAAAUUUUUAAAACCAUUUGAAUCAUUAACCCUUGUGGUCAGUGCUGGAAAUUCGCUUUCUAUUUUGCCAUUAGUUAAACACAAAAUACUAAAACUUCUUUCGAUUAACUCUUGUGAUUUGAAUGAAAUAAAAAAAUUAAAGGAGUGUUGCUCCCGAAAAAUUGAUAAAAGAUUUAAGUUAUCUACUUCUGCAAAAAUUUGCUGUUUUUUAGAUCCAGCCACUAAAAUUUUAUAUACAAGAGAUGAAAUAAAGGAAAGUUUGUUGGAGAAUGCAUUAAACAUAAAAGUGAACCAAUUAGAUUUAAUUCAAGUUAUAUCAAAGUCAGACAAUGAUGAAGAUUCAAAAUCAGGUCCUAGUGCUAAGCGACAACUACUUCAAGAGAUGAAGAAAAGUGUUACUUCUGCGGAUAAAAAUUAUCAAAUUAUCAAAAAGUAGAGCAAUUUAUCUCUCAUACACCUACGACAGAUGAAGAACUGGAUUGUUUAUUGUUUUGGCGAAAUCAUCAUGCAAAGUAUCCACACUUAGCAGUGCUUGCAAAAGAGUAUUUUAGCAUACCAACCUCAAGUGUAUCAGUGGAGUCCAUGUUUUCACUAACUGGAUUGAUUUUGAACUCAAGAAGAAGCAGUUUAAGUUCUUUCAACAUGAACAUGACUAUCUUUAUUCAUGAUAAUAUCAGUCUUAUUUGAUUUUAAUUUUAAUUGAAAAAAAAAAGUUGUGUUAAUUUAAACUUAAAUUUAUCAUUAUUA